AUUAUCAUUAACUGUUGCUUUUUGAACUCUAGUGUUUUAUCAUGGAGAGUACCAGUUAUUAUCACAAGCGAUAUGUGUCCGACGAUAUCGACUCCCUGUCUGCGUCUCCCGGCCACGACUCUGCUAUCAGCGUGACGCCCCCUCCGCACAACUCAGGCGGUUACAUGGUCUACCCGUCGUCCAAACUGACAAAGUCUCCCUUGCCACCCUUUUCGUUCACCCGGAGAUCUCCCGCGGUUUCUUCUGAUAUCCUGCCCGCCUACGACACUCUGUCCGACGGCUGCCACACACCCAGCCCUGACAGCUUCCGAUCGGUGACUCCGGAAAUGGUUGAUCUCCAGAAACACUACACAACCUUGUUGUCCGCCGAAGCCCCCAACCGACUGGUCGACCCCCAGCUGCAUUAUCCUGCCAACACUUCUCCGGAAUCUUACAAAGUCUCCAACCCGUUCAUGAACGUCUUCAUGUACGCCCAGAAACAACAGAGGUAUCCGGAAGCCGAACCGGUCGUCCACACCAACGACCCGAACCUCUAUGACUUCUCGAACAAGCACAGAAAGUUCCAAGUCAGGAAGUGCGUUCUGGUGGAGAACCAACAACGUGAUUACCAGCCGAAACCGGUGGAACUGAGGACAGACGAGAUGGUCCAGAGAGAGAGGGUCGAAGAUUACGACGAUGACAGCCUCUUGAGCAGUGAAGACUUCAUGGAUGACAAAGGUGACGACAAGUCUGCCCAUCGCAGACUAGCCGGGAAAGACGUCAACCCAACAGUGAUGAAGAAGAGGAGAUUGGCUGCCAACGCGAGGGAACGCCGGAGGAUGCAGAACUUGAACAAGGCCUUCGACAGACUAAGGACCGUUCUUCCGUCCCUUGGCAACGACCGGCAACUCUCCAAAUACGAGACCUUGCAGAUGGCUCAGACCUACAUCAACGCGCUCAACGAUCUGCUACAGUAAAGGUACGCCUCCUCACUCCCUAGUUCCUGUACCGGUUUAAGGACUUUGUCGUAUAUCUUGUGGUAAAUCUAACUGCUCCCGGCUCAAUAGCUUUAUUAUGGCCUUGAUGUGCAUUACUGUACAUUACAAAAUGAAUGGCGGUAAAUGACUUUACAUGCAUGCCAUUAAGAUUUAUCUCUCUAUUAUGCCUUACUUUGUCUAGAAUCUCUUUAGAUUUUCCUUUGUGUUCGUCAAUUGGAUCUCAAGCGAAAUAUGUCCAGUUUUACAUGGUUUUUACUGUUAUUUGUAAAUUAUAUUUUUAGUUUAAAUUUUGUUUUUUUGUAAUUUCUUGUAAUAUUAAUGAUAAUAGUUUAAGAAUAUGUUAGUGUAUUGGCUGUGUUAUUUAUAAGAUACUGGUUCUACUUGUGUCAUUAAUUAGACGUAAGAAUAAAAAACUUUUAACAGACAUAGUUGACUUCAUGUAGCUGUCGGUUAGUGCAUAUUCUAAAAUAGAUGUUCCUCGUAUAUCGUACCUCAAACAUUGAACAAUAAGUUUAAAUGAGUUCUUUAAAUUAAAUGUGUAGUAUUUUUUUGUCCCUAUAACUUUUUAUACUUUACUGAUCUCGUUUUAAUUCCUUCCGAUUUCAAAAGAAGAAACGCUUUAGUGGAAAAUGAUUUAGUUAGAUAAAUAUGGAGGUACCUUGUAUAUUAAUGAACGAUUGCAAACUAGUCAUUAUUAAAUAUUAGUCUAUGGCCUAGUUGAUGGUGUUAUUAAUUUUUAUGUUCAAAGAAAUAGAAUAAACAAUUUUUGUUUUUAAUAUUUCAAUUUCAGUUCUCAGAUUAUUAUUAUAUGGCCUGUUGGUAAAAAUUAAAUUAAUUCCAAUGUUACUAAAAUAUAUAAUAGCAUAUCUAAAUCUCAAAUGAUUAAAAUGUUGUAGUUGUGUUUGUAUUUUUCUGUAAGUCGGUAGGUAGGGUUGUCUUCGAUGGGUAAAUAUAUAAUUUUGUUUCUGAUUAGCAAAAUUACCUGUUUUACAAAAGGUACUACAUAGUAAUUCUAAAACCAUUAUUUAGUACAUUUAAACUAGUUACUACUACGUCUAGUUAUGGUAUAUAAAAUGUUUAACAUAUUUCAAUGUAAAUUCUAUUAGCCUAAUGUUACUUCGUUGCCAUAAAAUACAAAAAUGUAUACUGUAUUGAUAAAUUAAUUACGUUAAACUCACGUGCCUUAUUGUUUUCAUGGCUUCAGUAAUAAAAAUACGUUUGUAACUUGUGCCAGAUUCUAGUAUUAGUUUAGGCUAUUUAUAUUUGUACAUUAUAUAUUUAUCUGUGAUAAGCAAUUAUUUGCAGUAUUGUGUUAGACUGGUUUCACUUUAUGUACAAAUGUAUAUUGUCUAUUGUGUAAAUAAACAUUGUUAAGUAAA